AUGCUGCAUUCAACCUUACUUUUUUCCCUGCUCGCGGGUGCUGCUGUCGCCCAGCUCUCUGACAGCAAUCUCAAGACGCACGUCGGAAGCCUCGCGCUCUCGGCAUCCUUCAAUCCUAUCAAGGAUUCGUAUUGGACCGGAUUGCCUCACCAUCGCCGUACACCCUUUGCUGUUUCGCCUGACGGCAAGUCAGCUUAUCUCGCAUACCUCGACGCUUCCGACACCAAUGUCCAUGUCCAGCAAGUCGAUCCUACGACCUUCGCUUCCGUGGGCGAGGCUGUAACCAUUACAGGAGGAAAGGAAGCUGGUGGACUGGUCGCACACGACGAUGGUUUUGCCCUUCUCACAAAUGAGGCCAUGCCCUCUGGCACCGCCAACGCGCCUCCCGCCAACACCCCGGUAGCUGUCCUCUACCGUUACACUGCCGGCAAACAGACCUUCAAGACCUUCCUCGGUGGCCCGUCCAACGUGGGAGGCCAGGGCGCUUUGGCAUCACCAGAUCUGAACGGCGAUCUCGCAUUCUCUAAAGCUACCGGCAUGUAUGGCGCAUACUUCGUCGUCACUGCGUACUCUGGCGCCGCACAAGGCCAUUUCGGUGAUGCUAUCCAGUACGUCAGCGAGAAGGGAGCGCUCCAGCAGAUCGAGGGCGCCAGCUCAAGCUGGGGUUGCUCACACAACACUGGCAUUGCAUUCGAGGCUGCCGACUCGGUUCCUUUCCCCAGUAUCUGCUCUGAGGAUCAGGGUGCUAUCUGGCUGAACACCGGAGGCACCGGUAUGAGUGGUGUCAAGAUCUCAAACGAAAACGUAACAAAUGGCGCCGGCAACGAGGCCAUGGGUGGCAUGUCUGGUUCCUACAGUGGCCUUGCCCGCUUCAUCGGUAGCGACUCGUACAUCUUCUCAUGGGUGUCGCGAGGUGCCAAGGACUUGACCACCAACACCUGGUUGGGCGGCGAUGCCACGCAUUCUGUCAACCGAACCGUGAACCGCAAUGUCGCUAUCGCCACCUUCUCCGACAAGAAGACUAUCAACGGCGAGCAAGCUACAUCUAAGCUUGGACCCGAUGGUGAUUCGCAGGUCAACUGGAUCACCACUGGAUCCGCCGAUUGCCAGAAUGCCCACGUUGCUGCUUUUGACGGCACGAACGCUCUCGUCACCUGGGAGGAGAUCGCCAACCCCCAGUGCGAUUUCAUUGCCAUGGGAUGCAAGGGUGCCUUCACUGGCUCUUACUUCCAGCUCGUCAACAACGGCAAGAAGGUCGGACAGCCUGUCAAGUCUACAAACGUCUACGUUGCUGGUGAUAUGGUCACCAUGGCUGACGGACGUGUCUGCUGGCCGUAUGUCGAUAUGAACUGGACGCUUGACGGACCGGCUCAGAGCCCUGCGAGCGUCAAGGCGAUGAGUUUCGCGUGUAUG